UGUCCAAAAUGAAACUAACCGCUCUUCUGAUAGCGACAUCACAACACAGGAAAGUGGCUAGGGCAAAGCUUCGCACAAUUAAACGCUGGAAAGACACUGACAGUUACGGAAAAGUAAGAAGGGAAUCUUCACAAAACGUCAGUUUUUUUCCUUUCGGCUUUGGAAGUGACCAGCGGCCAUUGAAGGCUCCCACGGGCAACAUGGUUGCUCAAGCUAGGCAGCAAUGAGUGGCGUGUAUUAGUAGUAAGCGAGCUGAGAGCCGUUUGAAAAACCAAAUUUACUAUCCCCAUUAUCUUCUUUUGUUUUUUUUUGUUCGAGAGACUACAAACAAGAUGGGGCAUCCUCCUCUGGAGUUUAGCGACUGCUAUUCGGACAGUCCUGACUUCAGGGAAACACUCAAAUGCUACGAACUGGAGCUGGACCGAACCAGCAAAUUCCUUAAAGAGUUGAUAAAAGAUGGCAACAAUGUGAUUAACACAAUUAAAGGUUAUUCUCUGGCUGUGCAGAAGCUCUCCCAGACUCUCAGUGGCUUCCAGUUCGACUUUAUUGGUGACUCCCUGACCGAUGAUGAGAUUAACAUUGCUCAGUCGUUCCAGGAGUUUGCGGGACUCUUGCAGGAAGCGGAGCAUGACAGGAUGAUGCUGGUUCAGAAUGCGUCAGAUCUGCUCAUCAAGCCUCUGGAGAAGUUCAGAAAGGAGCAAAUAGGUUUAACAAAAGAAAAGAGGAAAAAAUUUGAGAAGGAAGGUGAGAAAUACUACUCCCAGCUGGACAAGCACCUGAAUCUUUCUGCUAAGAAGAAGGACAGUCAUCUUCAAGAGGCUGAUGAGAUCUUGUGUAAAGAGCGGGUCAACUUCUAUGAGUCCUCUGUGGAGUAUGUUUACCAAAUCCACCAGGUUCAAGAUAGGAAGAAAUUUGGCGUGGUGGAGCCUGUACUGGCGUUUCUCCACAGCGUUUUGACCCUCAACAACCUCACGGUGGAGAUGACGCAGGACUUCAUGCCCUACAAGCAAGAGCUGCAGCUCAGCCUGCAGAAUACGAGGAACCACUACGAAAGCACUCGCGAGGAGAUGGAGGUCCUCAUGAAGCGUAUGAAACACUCAUCGCAGUUCUGCAAAAGGCCCAGUUGGCUGCCCAUGGCGGGCUAUCUCUAUUGUCAGGAGAAGUGGGCUCUGGGUGUGACGUGGGUUAAAUACUACUGCAAGUAUCACACGGAGGGAAGAAGGCUCGUCAUGGUUCCUUGUGAACAGAAACCCACUACGAAGCAGGGACCCACGCAGCUGACCUUGAAGUCUUGUGUCCGCCGUAAGACUGACUCCAUAGACAAGCGCUUUUGUUUUGACGUGGAAGUCAACGAGAGAAACACGCCCGUCACAUUCCAGGCUCUUUCCGAGGGAGACAGGAAGUUGUGGAUGGAGUCCAUGGAUGGAAAAGAGCCUAUUUAUCACUCCCCAAUUCACAAGCAUGCCGAAAUGGAACUCAAUGAAAUUGGAUUCAAGUUUGUGCGGAAGUGCAUCAAUUAUGUGGAAGAAAAAGGAGUCAAACAAGAGGGUGUGUACCGGACAGUUGGCAGCAACAUUCAAGUGCAGAAACUUCUAAAUGCCUUCUUUGCUCCAGCAAACUCAGGAGAUGUGGACCUGCACUGUGGCGACUGGGACAUUAAAACUAUCACCAGUGCCAUGAAGUUCUAUCUAAGAAGUCUCCCUGAACCUCUGAUGACCUACGAUCUGCACCGAAACCUCGUGCUAGCUGCAAAAUCAGACAGUCUGGACUUCCGACUGAGCGAGAUUCACUCACUUAUCUACAAAUUACCUGAGAGAAAUCGAGAGAUGCUGGAGCUGCUUCUCAAACACUUGGUCGUCGUGUGCAGUCACAGCAACGACAACCUCAUGACGCCUUCAAACAUGGCUGUCAUCUACGGACCCACACUCAUGAGAGCAAAAGAGGAGACGGUGGCGGCCAUGUUGGAUAUCAAGUUCCAAAAUAUUGUUGUGGAGAUUCUGAUCGAGGAAUACAAAAAGAUUUUCAGUCAAAUGCCAGAGGACAACAACGCCCCUCCCGUCCCUCCUCCUCGCAUCACUCCGAGAAGGCGGCAACCCAUCACCAUCUCCAAGCGGCCCCCUCGUCUUUAUCCAGCUCUGAGUCACGAGCACUUCCUCCAGCCGCAGCACACAGAGAAUGGCCAGAGUGGCGACUCUGCGGUGGAAGGCGACGUCUCGGCGAGCCCCGUUCCCCUGCAGAGGACCAAAUCUUCCAACUUUGCUCCGCUCGUUCCUCGAGAACCUCCUCGCAAGCAACCGCCGCUCUACAGAGCAGUCACCAGUAGAGCGGACUUUGAUUGCAGUAAAGUAGAAUCGCCAAACGGAGAGCCUGGAGUCCCCGUCAGUCGCGUACCUUCAUUCCAAGGCAGAAAACCUCUUCCUAUAGGAGAUUGUGAUGGUCUGAGCAGAACAGGCAGAAUGCACGCCAUUUGCAGACCCCCGGUGAGGCCUCCGGAGCCCCCCUCCAGGCAACCCUCUCUAAAACUGCAGAGCAACGAAGGAUCCGCCGCAUCCUAUGUUGCUUCAAAAGCAAAAUUCUUUGAGAAUGCCUCCAGACAUGGUAACAAUACACCAGCGUCUCAGUCACCAGCAGCAACGAAUGACAAAAAAGAGAAUUCAAGCUGAGCGUUUGGAAGCUGCAAUUGGUGAUGCCAGUAAUGGCGAUUGCGAAGAGUAGCAGAGCAACUCGCUGGGGAAAUCCUGAGACUUGUUUGUAACGUUGUAAGUCAACACGGCCGCAUAGUGACUUUUAAAUGUGCAGUCAAGGCCAUCAGCUUGCGUUUGAGCAUCAUUCCAAUGUUUGGAGUUCCUUUUGUUUUGCUCUACAGUGUUAUGUCGUUGGAACUUACUUCGAACUGGUUCUUAAAUCAUUCAGACACGUUUUCUAGUCUACUCGUAACUAAUACGAAUUAGUCCAUUCGUAACCUUGGUCUCAUCAGUACGUCAUUAAUCCAAAAUGUAUUUAUGAGUUUAAUCAGUCAAGGUCUUGCAGAACAUCCAACGAGAAUGACCAAAGUUAAAAAAUAAACAAAACGUCUUGUGUUUUUUCUGACAUUAUUUAGUUAAUGUAGUUAAAUCAGCACUCCCACUCAUUGCUGUUCAUUCAUCGGGCAUAAUUAGUAUUAAUACAUUUGAUGUUCUAAAAGUAUUUUCUGCCCAUGUAGGUCAGCUAUUACCUCGAAAAAAAUAAUAAUUUGUUGGCACUUGCAAAAUGUUUUAUGCUAAUUUUGCUACACAGUUUGGGACUACAUUGGUUUUUUUUUCCCACAGCCUGGAAAUUGCACUUGUCAUUUCCUUUGUUUUUGUAAACAAAAUAUGAAAAAAAAGAAUAGUUUGGGGAAAAAACUGCCUGUUACCUCUUGAAAUGAUUUCAAAUUUUAUACAAUGACAAUUAUAAGUUUAGAGUAGCAUGCAAAAUGACUUUUUGUUACAGCAAGGAAAAAUCUGCAUGUGGUUUGUUUGAAAACAAGUGUUAACAUUACCAGACACUUGUUCUUUUUGUACCAGAGCAACACUGCUUUCAAUAAACAGAUUGUCCCAACAGUA